CCAGAGCUGUGAACGCGGCGCGUAGUGCGCCGCCGAGAAAGCCAGCAGGAACCCGGACCCUGAGGAGUCUCUCGUCCCCUCCCGGCCUGGCCAGGCCUCACGCUAUGGAGUUCUUCUGGGCCCCUCUCUUGGGUCUGUGCUGCAGUCUGGCCGCUGCUGACCGCCACACCGUCUUCUGGAACAGUUCAAAUCCCAAGUUCCGGAAUGAGGACUACACAGUAUAUGUGCGGCUCAAUGACUACUUGGACAUCAUCUGUCCGCAUUACGAGGAUGACUCUGUAGCAGAUACUGCCAUGGAGCAAUACACACUGUACCUGGUGGAGCAUGAGGAAUACCAGCUGUGCCAGCCCCAAUCUAAGGACCAAGUCCGCUGGCAGUGCAACCAGCCCAGUGCCAAGCAUGGCCCAGAGAAGCUGUCUGAGAAGUUCCAGCGCUUCACACCUUUCACCCUAGGCAAGGAGUUCAAAGAAGGACACAGCUACUACUACAUCUCCAAACCCAUCCACCACCAAGAAGACCGUUGCUUGAAGUUGAAGGUGACCGUUAACGGCAAAAUCACUCAGAGUCCCCAGGCCCAUGCUAAUGCACAGGAGAAGAGACUUUCAGCAGAUGACCCGGAGGUGCAGGUUCUACAUAGCAUUGGUCACAGUGCUGCUCCCCGCCUCUUCCCACUUGCCUGGGUGGUGCUGCUCCUGCCACUUCUGCUGCUACAAACGCAGUGAAGGUGUAUGCCACACCUGGCUUAAGGAUUGGAAUUGGGCUGAGGGGGCAGGGGCAGGCACCCCUCACCUGUCCUGGGGCCGCUCCCAAAGCCCCAGCCCUGGGAACCACUCCCACCACAUGCACAAGCUGCCACCCAGCAGCCUCAAAACGGGUCAGUAUUAAGGGUUUCAACCCAAAGGAGGUCGACCAGCCUGCCAGUGCCAUCCCUGCCCCCACCUCAGAGGGACAGAGAAAGAAGUGGAGACAGUCUUUUCCCUGUCAUUCCUGCCUUUAUGCCAAAGAAACAAGCUGUGCAGACAUGACACCUUGAGGGUGCAGUGAGAGCUGAGCUGAAAGGGGCUUGGGGCCAUCCACUGGACACUGAGCUUGGCAAAGAUGCCCCUCCCAGAGAAAGCCAGGAUGCCCAGAUGAACUGACUGAAGGAAAAGCAAGAGACAGUUUUCUGCAUGGGAGCCAGGUACAGGAGAGGCAACAUGCUUGGGCUGACCCAGCAUCUCCCAGCAAGAGGUUUGUAGCCAGGCACUGCAUCUUCUCUCCGUCCUGGGGCAGCACUCACCAGAGCUGUGCCAGUGGUGGAGGUGGCAGGUUGCUGUGCCAACCUGUUCUUAUAGUAUAGCUAUAAGGGCAAUGUUAAUGUGUACAGAGUCUGCCUAGAGUGUAGCCUAAAGGGCAAGGACCACUUACUUGUACAUUAUCUGUAUAUAAACUGAGUGUCUGUGCUGACUUCUACAACUGGAGUUUUUUUAUACAAUGCUCUUUGUCUCAAAAUAAAGCAAUGUGUUUUUGUUUUGUUUUUGGA